UGCUGUUCUCGCACUUUAUUUCUCUUUUUUUAUUUUCAGAUGGAUUCASGCCCUAUGGGAAGACCACAGAARCAAACAAGACACCAUAGUUCACCACAGUGACAGAUACGAGAGGAAGAUCUCCUGGAUUCAACUGUUGUACUGACUAAGGAACUGAAACAAGGUUUUUCCAGCGCUUUGUCAGUGUCCUGCGGCGUGUUCCUUCCCAUGGACCUCAGGGUGGGAGAGCGGGGGACCCCGCUGCACCAGCCACUGCUCCUCACACCCUUCUCCCCACAAGGCCGCAGCGCCUUCUCCCAGCAGCAGCAGCAGUUGCAUCAGCAAAUCAGGUCAUGUGGAUUGGACUGCUUACUUUAUUAUGCUGUAAUUCUUCCAUCUGUGUGCUGUUUUGUGUGUGCGCGUGUGUGUUUGUGUCGCUGUUGUCGAUCUGCAGGCGCUGUGGCGAGUUCAGCGGUGAAACAGAAACUCCAGGAGGUGAUUCUCAAGAAGCAGAAACAGGCGGCGCUUGAAAGAACAAACUCAAAUGUCUUGAAUGCACAUCCUGUACCCUACAGAAAGCUUGGCCCAGACCCCAACGUCCCCGCCCAGCCUCUAGUCUCAUCUCCAUCACAGCCUCCAUCUGACGGCCUGGAGGGGACGCCGCUGCGCAGAGCAGCAUCAGAGCCCAACCUGAAGGUGAAGCACAAGCUGAAGAACCACCUGAAAACACGAAAGAGUCCGCUCACCCGCAAGGAAAGCGCCCCGCCUACCAUCAAGCACCGAGCAUCAGACACGCUGGACUCUUCCCCCAGCAGCAGCAGCACUCCGGUCUCUGGCUGUAGUUCUCCUAAUGACAGUCUGCCCAACGAGAAUGGACUGCUGCCCUCUGCAGGCGGGCCCCUGCAUGAGGCUCAGAAGUUGCUGCUCAGAGAUGGGACCUUGUCUAACUUCACCAUUCAGAAUCCAUCCACUCUGCCCACCAUCACACUGGGACUGCCAGUCAGCCCCAGGGUAAGUGCAUGUUUGAUUCAUGUAGCCUUUAUUUGGAUUAUUUCCUACUUUUAUACCCUCUGGGAGUGUUUGGUGCUGAAAGGCUCUGUGUUUAUGUCUUUAGUGUUUCCUCUCUCCACUUGCCUCUCAGCAGUGCCGGGCCUCGACCCCGUCCCUUUGCAGUUGGCAUCACAGUUAGACCGCCUGUCUCCAGGGGGCGUUCAGGCCCACAAGCCACUGAGCAGAACCCGUUCGGAGCCCCUUCCCCAGAGCCCGCGGGCCCUCCACAACCACCUCCUCCAGCAGCAGCACAAUGCGCAGCUGCUGGAGAGACUCAAGCAGCAGACGCACCUGGGAAAGCUGAUGUCCAAGUCCAGCGAGAAGCCCAGACUGCAUCAGAUCCCAUCUGAGGAUAUGGAUUCUGAGGAUGGCGGUGGAGUUUCACCCACGGAGACCAGCUACCAGAGCAGAGUGCGGGCGGAGUCACUGAGGGAGGUGGAGCCAACCGGUUCCAAAGCACACGAAGAGCAAAUCAACCUACAGCAUGCGCUCAUACUCAACCAGUCGUUGCUAUAUGAACAGCAGAAGCAGCUGCAGCAGAUGCAUCAGCAGAUGGAAACCCUGGCUGUGCCUGUGUUCCGCGGCGGCGGGCCGGCCUGCGUGCCUGGCGGCCAUCGGGUGUUGUCGCGUACGCGCUCGUUGCCGGCCUCCACCUCGCUCACUCCGCCUGAGAACACGCUGAGUCUGACGGCGCAGGACACUGUCAGCAAACCCCGCUUCACCACCGGGCUGGUUUAUGACUCUCAGAUGCUAAAACACCAAUGCACAUGUGGAGACAACAGCAGUCACCCAGAGCAUGCUGGGAGAAUACAGAGCAUCUGGUCACGAUUGCAAGAGAGAGGCCUGAGAGGGCAGUGUGAGAGUAUCCGCGGUCGGAAGGCCAACCUGGAGGAGCUGCAGUCGGUCCACACGGAGCGCCACGUGUUGCUUUACGGCACAAACCCCCUCAACAGGCUGAAACUGGACAACCGUAAACUGGCUGGAAUCCUCUCGCAAAGGAUGUUUGUCAUGUUGCCAUGCGGCGGAGUCGGGGUGGACAAUGACACCAUCUGGAACGAGUCGCAUACUUCUACGGCGUCACGCAUGGCGGCGGGCAGCGUUGUUGAGCUGUCAUUCAGGGUAGCCAAAGGAGAGCUCAAGAAUGGCUUUGCUGUGGUAAGACCUCCAGGACAUCACGCCGACCCCUCCAACCCAAUGGGUUUCUGUUAUUUUAACUCUGUUGCCAUAGCUGCCAAGCAGCUCCAGCAGAAGCUCAGUGUCAGCAAGAUCCUCAUCGUCGACUGGGAUGUUCACCAUGGUAACGGCACCCAGGAGGUGUUCUACAGCGACCCCAGUGUUCUGUACAUUUCACUUCAUCGCUACGAUGAUGCAAACUUCUUCCCUGGCAGCGGUUCACCAACUGAGGUUGGUUCUGGAGCUGGUGAGGGCUUCAACGUGAACAUAGCCUGGACCGGAGGCUUGGAGCCGCCUAUGGGAGAUGCUGAGUACCUUGCUGCAUUCAGGUCUGUGGUGAUGCCCAUUGCCCAGGAGUUCUCUCCAGAUGUGGUUUUGGUGUCGGCCGGGUUCGACGCAGCUGAGGGGAACCCUGCUCCUCUGGGCGGGUACAAAGUCUCUGCCAAGUGCUUCGGCUUCYUGACCCGCCAGCUCAUGUCCCUCGCUGGAGGCCGUCUGAUUCUGGCCCUUGAGGGAGGUCAUGACCUCACAGCCAUCUGUGACGCAUCUGAAGCUUGCGUUAGUGAACUACUGGGUAUGCAGGACGCAAUGCCAGAGGAUGUUCUGCUCCAAAAACCCAACGCCAACGCAAUGCGCUCCCUCCAGACUGUGAUAGAAAUACAAAGUGAGCAGCAGCAACACUUUAACUUAUCCACUCUCUGCCUUUUUCUUGCAUUAGCAAUUAACAGCUGCCCCUUGGUUUAAAGCAGGAGUAUUCAAAGUGAGGCCCGGGGGCCAUGUACGCUCCCUGACCUGAUUUAAAAAAUGUAAUAAACUGUGACAUAUAUAGUUAAAAUCUACCUAUAAAAAUGUUAGGUUCAGCGCAAAGUGAUCAUCUUUUCCAAUAUUUCUGCUUUCCUUCAAAAUUGAUGCUAAUUAGGGCUGUAUUUCCUCAUUGACUUACACUCCAACGUUUACCUUGAUGCACCCAAAUCUACUGUUAAUUGUUGUUUUAAAAUGUCUCUCAAUACAACAAGUCUUUUCAAAUAAAGGCUGACCUAUAUCCUGUGUUUAUUAUUGCUCGGACUAUACAACAUAUUUUUUCAGAUUUCUUCAGUUAAACCUGAAACACAAAGAGUGAAUUCUGCAAGUCAUCGACUCGAUGUAAUCUGCUGAGUUUCCUUCAAUAGAAACUUUUUAAUAACCUACUUUGAAUAAUUAAUUGAGCUUACUGCCUUAUAACGAGGAUCAGCUGGAAUGUAUGUGUGAUUAAAUUUAAAUUACUUUGUUGUAAAGUGCCAUGAGACCACAUUUAUUGUGAAUUGGCGCUAUAUAAAUUAACUGAAUUUGAAUUGUUACAUGAAAUAAUAAGCAAACUGGAUGCCUUUCAUUUAGUAAGGAAGAACCAUUUGAAGUUUUGGAUCUACAAUCCCAUUCCUACAAAAAAAAAUCUGGUUAGUUUAUUUGUUUAAUUGAAAUAGUUCAUGCUUUGUUCACUGGUGAGUAGGUACCAAAAAAAAAUCAACAUUUUUGUUGAUUUUAGUUUUUAAAAAUUAUACUUUUGAGCUGACGAUUUUGACAAAAAAUUUUGACUUUUUUGUCAAAAAAACUUUAAAGAAUUUUUCCUUUAAAGCAAAAACUCACUUUUGCUUUAAAGGAUUAAUUAACACUGAUGGGGUGU